GACCCAUUGCGCUGUAGGGGGUCAAUCACUAAGGGGAGGGAGGGUGUCCUUAUCUUUGUUUGGUUUCGCGGGGCUUCACAUAGCACUCCUUGGUGUCUUUAAUGUCAGAGAUAGAGCAGCUGUUUAUCGAGCUGGAGCUCAUCGAAAUCGAAAAAGAAUUGCUUUUACUCCAAAUGUUGAAACGCAGGAGACGAAGAAAACGUUUGCGGAGGUGGUCUGUCCGACCAAUGAACCAGUCGAGGCAGAAAACCGGUGAAUUUGCCACACUUUUUCACCCACUGAGGGGCAUGGACGAGGAGAUGAACUUUCGGUAUUUUCGGAUGUCAGCGAGCAGAUUUGACGAUCUUCUUCGCCGAAUUCAACCUUUAAUAUCACACCAGCAAACACACAGCAUGCCUGUUGAUGUUGCCCAGAGAUUGGCGGUGACGCUGAGGAUUUUAGCCUCCGGUGGAAGCCAACAAACUGUGGCGGCUAGCUACAAGCUAGCGUCGAGCACGGUGUCCAGCAUUUUGUCUGAGGUCUGUAAAGCACUGUGGACAGGCCUGCAGCCAACGUUUCUACCGUGUCCAUCAACCAGCCAGUGGGAAGAAACGGCGGCAGAUUACUGGCGACUGUGGAAUUUCCCAAACUGCGUUGGAAGCCUCGAUGGGAAACACGUCACCGUAAAAGGGACUCACUCCAUUGCGCUGAUGGCAACAUGUGAUGCCAGGUACCGGUUCACAAUGGUGGAUGUGGGAGAAUAUGAAAGAGAAACCGAUGGUGGCGUUUUCAAAGAGAGCAAGUUUGGGUCAAUGCUGCUUGACCAUAAAUUGAAUCUGCCCCCACCAGCUAACCUUCCAGGGACCACAGUCCAGAUCCCCCAUGUUAUUGUUGCUGAUGCUGCCUUUCCCUCAAAGUGCAACAUGAUGUGUCCCUUCCCAGAAGAAGGCAUGAGCAUGGACAAGCAGAUCUACAACUACCGCCACUCCAGAGCCAGACAGGUCAUUGAAAACACAUUUGGCAUCAUGGCUGCACAGUGGAGGAUUCUUGGGAGACCAAUAGAAUUCCGUCCUGGAAAAGCUGUGGAUGUUGUGAAAGCCUGUGUAGUCCUACACAACUACCUCACCUACAUGAAUGAUGUGAACACUCCAGACAGCAGGUACAUCCCACCGGCCUUUGUUGACAAUGACUGUUCUGGAUUGGUGCAGCCAGGUGAGUGGAGAAAAGUGGUUGCAACAGACUCAAAUCUCACCCAACUUGUGGAUCCCACACAGAUGUCAAGGGCCUUUUCCACUAGAGAUGCUUUCGCUGUAAGGAAUAACUUGAUGGCUUUCUUUCAGUCACCUCAGGGAACUGUGUCAUGGCAGAAUGACAUAUUGUGCCGAGGCACACUCAGUCAGUGAUGUACAUUGUAUUAUUUGAAAAUUAAAAAAUUUUUGAAAUGUUUUGGAAAUAAA